UAAUAUCCUCCUGCUGGGAGUUUUUGUUAAAUGUUGAAAUAAGUACGAAACCAAAAUCUAAUAAUGAUAAUGAAAUCAGUGUGAACACAAAAAUAUGAUAAUUUUGUGUCCAAAAAAACAUUUUUCCCCCAACAAAAGCAACACACACACAUGCUCACUCACACACUUUGCUAUAAUGGUUUUCACACUGAAUCUGUCUUCUCUUUCUUUCACUCCACUCUUUGCUCUGAAAUCAACUUUAAUUUCUGUUUCCUUUUUUACUUGCAUACACAUCAGAAAUAAAUAAGCAUAUCUCCUUCAAUUUGAUCCUAUUACUUGUCAUUGUUUCCUUAUUGCUUUAAUUUGAUGAUGAACAACAGUAGCAGCAGCAGUAGUAGUAGGAACAGUAGGUUUCCUUUCACCCCAUCACAGUGGCAAGAACUUGAACACCAAGCUCUAAUAUACAAAUACAUGGCUUCAGGUACCACUGUCCCUCCUGAUCUUCUCUUCACUCUCAAAAGAAGCCAUUUCAAUUUGCCUCAUCACCAACCAGCUCAACAACAACACUUUGGAUGGAACUAUCUUGAAAUGGGUUUGGGAAGAAAAAUAGACCCGGAACCAGGGAGGUGUAGAAGAACAGAUGGAAAAAAAUGGAGGUGCUCAAAAGAGGCAUACCCAGAUUCAAAGUACUGUGAAAGGCACAUGCACCGAGGGAAAAACCGUUCAAGAAAGCCUGUGGAACUUUUGAAAACAACAACAAACACAAGCAAUAGUGCUUCUUCAGCAACAACCCACACCAUCAUCUCAUCAUCAUCAAUCACUAAAACUAAUGAGCACCCUCAACAACGUUCUUGCUAUAAUAAUGGUUCAAAUCUUCUUCAUCAGCAUUCCUUUGUCUUCAAUUCCCACACUCCAUCAAGGUCAUCAACAUCUGCUGUUGCUUUUUCAUUUCCAGACAACACUGCUCCCUCCAGUAGGUACGUCUAUGGAGUGAAAGAGGAAGCGGAUGAACGUGCUUUCUUCAAAGAACCUUCUAGCACAUUGAAAAGCUUCUCUGGAUCCUCCAUGGACGAUUCAUGGCAACUCACACCAUUGACCAUAAGCACCUCAUCUUCUUCUUCCUCCACAAAACAGAGGAGUUGCACAAGUUUAUCCAACAAUAGUGACUACUCGUACUUGCAACUUGAGAGCCUCAAUGAGCGCUCAAAAAAUCAAGAACAAGAUCAGAAGACUACUGUUCAUAGCUUCUUUGAUGAAUGGCCCCACAAAGGCAGAGGAUUUGAUUCCGAUGACAAAUGUUCUUCCACAACCAAAUUAUCAAUUUCCAUUCCAUCAACAUCUUUUCAUGACUUUCCCGUCCUUCAGUUCAAGAACCCACCUGGCUGCUGAUUAUUCAACCCUUUCAUCAUCCUUAAAAUGUGUAGUAGAGGACUAAAGGUUGAGCUAUGCCUUGAACAAUGGGAUCAUUGUACGGCCAAUAGAGUACUUUAGAAGUGGGGUUCAGAUGCCGAGGUCAUCCUUCAAUUGCUCCGGCCGGUGCUCCUCUUUGUUUUUCAUUUCUUUUU